UGCCAGCGAUCGGUUGUGUGGCCGUUCGUCUAUCCGGUUUUUCAAUUUCGCCUUCGCUGCCGCCGCCGCCACUCCGGAGUACGUGUAAUCUCCAGCUCUCUGCGAUCGAUUCGCACGUCAUAUCUCCCAGACGUGUCGCUCGAUUGAAUAUUGGAACCAACACAAAAAAGUGCGGAUACUACGGCUGUAGUAGGAGUCGUUUGUCGUAUCUAUAAUUUCACAACAAAGACCUCUAAUCGGGAAUGACGACGACGAACAUGUCGCGGAGCCCGCGCCCGCUGAAAAUAACCAUCGUGGGCGACGGCAUGGUGGGCAAGACGUGCAUGCUGAUAACCUACACCCAGAACGAGUUUCCCGAGGAGUAUAUACCCACAGUCUUCGACAAUCAUGCCUGCAACAUAUCCGUCGACGAUCGCGAGUACAAUCUUACCCUCUGGGACACGGCCGGGCAGGAGGACUAUGAAAGACUGCGGCCUCUAAGCUAUCCAAAUACCAACUGUUUUCUGUUGUGCUAUUCGAUCAGUAGUCGCACCUCUUUUGAUAACAUCAAGAGCAAGUGGUGGCCAGAGAUCCGUCACUUCUCCAACAAUGUGCCUGUGGUGCUGGUGGGCACCAAGCUGGACUUGAGGAUUCCCAACUCGGAGAAGUUUGUGACCACGCAGGAGGGCAAGCGAUUGCGCAAGGAGAUCCACGCCUCCAAUCUGGUGGAAUGCUCGGCGAAGAAGAAACAGAACCUGCAGCAGGUCUUCGAGGAAGCCGUCCGUGCCGUGGACCGGAAACCAAAGUCCUCGCCCAAGCCAGCGUGCACACUACUGUGAACUAAGUGUAAUGCCUAAUGUUUAAUAUUGUUAUUAUGCGUAAUGUAUUAUGUAACUAAUUUGUCUGACUUUUUGUGCUUGGUUUUCGCAAGGAAAAAACUGUGCGUAGAAAAAUUACGAUUAAGUUUUUAUAAUUUAAGUGCUAGUAGUUGUGUGCAAACGUUUCGUUUUCCAGGCGACCAAAGUGCAUUUUUAUGUAAAAAGGAUACAACAAAAACAAAACCAACAAAAAACAAUAUAAAAUGAAAAUAAUAUACAUACAGAAAUAUUAAAUAAUAAGGAAUGGAAUUUGAUUGCAUAUAUUAGAUACGCAGAUCAUGUAUGCAUACUGUAUAUUUUCAAUAAAACCCUAGUCACUAAA